UGUUUUUGUAUUUGCAUCGUGAUGCACCGUGGGCCGGGCAAAAACCAAGAUGGCGGCAGCCGUGCUUGGCGAUCGCGUUUAGAGUGAGCGCUUCGAUGCAUACCACAAAAAAUGCUUCGGCCUAAGCGCACAUUAAAUUCAGGCAUUGUGAUUUCGUAGUCCGCACAAUAAACGAGAAACUUGCCGUUCGACGAGUGAUGCUUACUUGACGCGACAUAAAGUAGGAACCCGUAACGAGGGAAAAAAAGUUUUCAUCGUCUACUCUGUCAGAAUUGCAGCUUCACGUUCGAAAGGAAUAUCUUCUAGGACGAUCGUGUUCCUCAUUGAAAUCUCUUCCCUUUCUUUAUCGAGACUGCAGGAAGGAAAAAUAAAUUUUUUCAAUCAUGGCAACAAAGAGAUAUAAAGAAACAAUGAGUGAUGAUACAAGUGGUAGUGAUUUCGACGAUGAUGAGGAUCCUGAUAAAAUUGAAGUACCUGGUGGCGGUAAAGAUCUUGCAACAGCUGCUGGUAUAGCAAAUAUUAAAGAAGAAAAACCUGCGGAAGCACCAUCUAAUGCCACGAAUAAAGGACAAGCAUUAAAUCAAAAACUUAGUAACAAAAUACCAGGUGGAUUAGUAACUAAAACUGUACCACCAGGAUAUGAAAUGGUACGUGUAGGAGGAUCACAAGGUACUCCGCCUAAUUUUGUUGGUACCAACCAAUUGAAUCAGUUGGGUCAAUUAGGAGCUGGUGGACCAUAUAACUUUCCAGGAUUAGCAAGUCUUGCAGGAUUCAAUCCUGCAGCUUUUUUACAACAGAGUAUGGAAAUGAAUAAUUUAAUGGGAGGCUUUAUGGGAAUGGCUGGAAUGAAUAUGGGUGUCAAUCCAUUUGUUCAAUUUCUCAAUCAAAGUGGGCUUCAUCCAAAUUGGCCUGCAGGUUUAUCUGGAAAAGCUGUAUCACAAUUAUGGAUGAAUGCUGGUGAUCCAACAAAAGUGGGUAUGCAACCAACAAUACCAGAAGAAGAAGAGGUAGAUGAUGAAGAUAUGGGUGUUGCUGAAACUUAUGCAGAUUAUAUGCCUACUAAAUUAAAACGUGGGCGUAAACAUCCAGAUCCAGUUGUUGAAACAGCAUCAUUAUCUAGUGUAGAACCUACGGAUGUUUGGUAUGAACUUUCUAUACCCGAGGAAACAAUACGAUCUGGAGCUUUGUCGGCUCUUCAAUUAGAAUCCAUAACUUAUGCGUCCCAACAACAUGAACAUCUUUUACCGGACAGUACACGUGCUGGAUUUCUUAUUGGAGAUGGAGCUGGUGUUGGUAAAGGACGAACUAUAGCAGGCAUUAUAUUUGAAAAUUAUUUAAAGGGUAGGAAACGUGCCAUUUGGGUUUCCGUUUCCAAUGAUCUCAAAUACGAUGCCGAACGUGAUUUAAAAGACAUUGGAGCAUCCAAAAUCGAAGUACAUGCUUUAAAUAAGUUCAAAUAUGCAAAAAUCUCUUCAGCUGUAAAUGGUAAUGUUAAGAAAGGUGUAAUAUUUAGUACAUACUCUGCAUUAAUUGGUGAAUCUUCUCAAAGUGGAGGUAAAUACAAAAGUAGAUUAAAACAAUUGUUGCAAUGGUGUGGAGAAGAUUUUGACGGAUUAAUUAUUUUUGACGAAUGCCAUCGUGCAAAAAAUUUAUGCCCUACCGGAAGUUCCAAACCUACCAAAACUGGUUUAACCGUAUUAGAAUUGCAAAAUAAACUUCCUAAAUCACGAGUGGUAUAUGCUAGUGCCACUGGCGCUUCUGAGCCUCGCAAUAUGGCCUAUAUGGUACGAUUAGGUAUGUGGGGCGAAGGAACUCCUUUUCCUGAAUUCAAUGAUUUUAUCACUGCGGUAGAAAAACGUGGAGUUGGUACAAUGGAAAUAGUAGCAAUGGAUAUGAAAUUACGAGGCAUGUAUAUUGCUCGACAACUUAGUUUUCACGGGGUUGCUUUUAAAAUCGAAGAAGUUCCUCUAUCCAAGGACUUUACUAAAAUAUAUGAUCAUUCGGUAAGAUUGUGGGUAGAAGCAAUGCAGAAAUUCCAAGAAGCGGCCGAAUUAAUUGAUGCUGAGAAUCGCAUGAAAAAAACUAUGUGGGGCCAAUUUUGGUCGUCUCAUCAACGUUUCUUCAAGUAUCUAUGUAUUGCAGCAAAAGUAAAGCACGCUGUUGCAGUAGCUCGAGAAGCUGUUAAAUGCGGAAAAUGUGUGGUUAUCGGCUUGCAAUCGACCGGUGAAGCACGCACUUUGGAACAAUUGGAACGUGACGAUGGAGAACUAAGUGAUUUUGUUUCUACUGCUAAAGGAGUACUCCAGACGUUAGUGGAAAAACAUUUUCCAGCGCCAGAUCGUAAUCGAAUCCAUCGGCUUCUUGGUUUGGAUCUACCUAAAAUGAAUAAAUCAGAAGGGGAAGAUAUAAUUGAUGGUGCAGGUGGAUCUGCAGGAGGAAGUAAAAGGAAACCAGUGCGUCAAGCAGCCCAAAGAGCUUCAAAAAAAGUUCGAGCAUGGUCUUCCGAAGAAGAGAUAACUGAUGAAGAAAAAAAUGGUGAUCAUAGUUCUGGUUCUGAAUUUAAAUUGAGUGGAACUGAGAGUGAAGAUGAUCAUCGAACUGACGAGGAAAGUAAUAUAAGUUCCGAUUUCAAUCCAUUUUAUAGUGAUAGUGAUUCUGAUGUUGAUCCGUGGGACAGACGAAAGAAAAAAGGUGGUAAGAAACAAAAGAAACCAGCUAAGAAACGUUUAAGCACGCAAGACAAAAUACAAUCUAUGCUUGCACAUAAGACAUCUAAUAAUAGGAAUAAACGUAACGGAGAUUCAGCAGUAAGCGGAAAUCAUGGUAAUGCAUCGUCUAAUAAUCAAGGACCACCUCGGGAUGCUAUUGAACGUGCUUGUAGCAUGAAAGAAGAAUUGUUAGCACAAAUAGAGACCUUAGGUGAAAGAUUACCACCGAAUACGUUAGAUCAAUUAAUCGACGAACUUGGUGGUCCGGAGAACGUCGCAGAAAUGACUGGAAGAAAAGGUCGUGUUGUUCAAACGGAAGAUGGUGCAAUACAAUAUGAAUCUAGAUCUGAAGUCGACGUUCCAUUAGAGACGCUUAACUUAACAGAAAAACAAAGAUUUAUGGAUGGUGAAAAGACAGUUGCAAUUAUUUCGGAAGCAGCUAGCAGUGGCAUAUCAUUGCAAAGUGAUAGACGUGCGAGAAAUCAAAUGCGUAGAGUACAUAUCACACUUGAACUACCAUGGAGCGCAGAUAGAGCAAUACAACAAUUUGGUCGAACACAUCGUUCGAAUCAAGUAAAUGCUCCGGAAUAUAUAUUCCUGAUUUCGGAUCUUGCCGGAGAGAGACGAUUUGCUUCGAUUGUCGCGAAACGUCUUGAAAGUCUUGGCGCGUUAACACACGGAGAUCGCAGAGCCACUGAAACGCGAGAUCUUUCACAAUUUAAUAUCGAUAACAAGUAUGGCCGAUCUGCUCUUGAGGCAACAAUGAAGACUAUAAUGGGGUACGAGCCGCCAUUGGUACCACCGCCACAAGACUAUAAUGGUGAUUUUUUCAAAGAUGUGGCGGACGCUCUAGUAGGAGUAGGACUAAUUUGUAAUAGCGAAAAUAUGCCAGGAGUUCUUACUUUGGACAAAGAUUAUAAUAACAUGUCUAAAUUCUUAAAUCGUAUUCUUGGAAUGCCAGUUGACUUGCAAAAUCGAUUAUUCAAGUAUUUUACCGAUACUUUGAAUGCUAUUAUCCUUCAAGCGAAGAAAACUGGACGUUUCGACAUGGGUAUUCUUGAUCUUGGUACAUCAGGAGAGAAUGUUCGUAGAGUAAGACUUUAUCGUUUCCUUCGGAAGCACGCAACUGGUAAAGCACCUACCGAAUUACAUGUUGUUCAUGUUGAACGUGGUAUGAGUUGGACCGAGGCAAUGGACCAAUGGUCCAAAUUGACUGGUGCCAAGGAGGGAUUUUACUUAAGCCAUCAAAUUCGAAAUGGUAAACAAACAGCUAUCCUAGCCGUUGCUGUCGAUGGUGGUAAAAAGAAAAGUGAAAGUAAAAAAGAUCAGUUAUAUAUGGUUUAUAGGCCGAAUACAGGAUUACAAUUACGUCAAGAAUCAUUAGGUGAAUUAGAAAAGAAAUACAAAAAGGUUUCGACCGAGGAAGCAGAGCCUCAUUGGACGCAACAGUACGAAGCGUCUGUGGAUACAUGUUCACACGCUUAUUGGCGUGGCAAUUGUAAAAAUGUCACUCUUGGUAUGGAAUGUGAAGUAGGGUUACGAAGACGGUCAUAUAAUGUUUUAGCCGGUUCGGUUCUUAGCGUUUGGAGUCGCGUUGAAAGUGUACUUGCUGCACGAUCUGGACAUAAUUCUAAGAUGCAAGUUGUCCGACUAAGAACUGAUGAAGGUUUGAAAAUUGUUGGAACUCUUAUUCCGAAAUCUUGUAUGGAAACGUUACGUCAAGCGCUUUCGUCUGAUGCAGAAAAUACCGAAGAAAUGACAUUUUGAAUUCAUUAAGCACGUAAGGUGAGGAUAAAGCAACGUAAAUAAUAGUGUUAUGUAAGCACUCAAUGAAUGGGGCAUAUAAAAAACAUCGUGUAAUUACGUUUAUUUACACGAUUUGGAUUGACUACCAUGGAACACUUAUGUGUUGGGUAGAUUAAACUGAACCCAUCAGUGUUGUAAUGUAUUUUCGUCACAGAUUUAGCAUGACAAGUGAAAUAAACGCUCGAAAUAAGCUUUUCCGAGUUGAUAGUCAAAGAACUGGAAAAAGGACUUGGUAGAUUUUUCCUGUCAUUAUACAUGUAUUAUUGAAAAGAUAUCUAUCAAGUCCCGAUGUAAACCUUCAAAUAGGUAGAAUCUUCUUUAAUUUUAGUCGAAGACUAUACUCGAGUCAAAAAUUUAUAAUUAUAUAAAAAUUUCUUUUUUAUUUUUCGUUAGGAAUGAUAACAUUUUAGAUGGAUCGUACCAACAUGCAUACGUAAUAUGUAGUAAAUUAUCAUGUUUCAUUUUUCAUGAUUAUAAUAAAAGAAAAACUGCUUAUAAAAGUUAUGCAGUAAAGAAAAAUUGUAUUUCUAUGCAAUAAGAAAAAAUCUAUUAUUUAAUCAUCUGCAAAAUGAGGAUAAGACGUAAAAAAAACUUUCUAUAGAGAUUGAUAUAAAAUGUUACGAUCCAAUCUAUAAUAAAAGUUCGACUGAUUAGUGAGAAUAGUCUAUAAAGGGCUAGAGGAAUAAUACUAGAGCUGCAUAACUAUUUGGACGAUUCAUUUUUCACUCUUGGAGUAUAGAUGUAUACUGCAGUUUUAAGUUUUAUUUGAUUGAUAGGUCAAAUCAUUGAUUAACACGAAAAAAAAAAAAAAAAAACAUUAUUGCUACCGUCGCUAUAACUAUUACUGUUAUCACAUUACUGCUAUUACUAUUAGCCGUAGAUCUAGACUAUAAAACUAUUAUCAAUAUUACUAUAAUGUAGGGAGACAAGGUAACGGUAUUAUUAUAAGCGCCUUAGAUUUUCCACAUUUCAUAUAAUUCAACACAAAUUUGUUCUGCUUUAUCUUUUUCGUUUAAAUUAAUAUAAUAUAUAUAUAUAUUUUUUAUUAAUUUUUAAAUAACAGCUACAAUGGAUCUUUAAUUAUAUUGACUAUGUAGAUGGAAAAUAAAAAAUGGCAAGUAUAUCUAGUCUCCCGACAUGCUCCAUCUAUUAAUACUGUUAGCAUUAAAGAAAAAUUAGAUUGAAACAGUACAUACGAUGAUAUAUUUAUAUUCAAAAUCGAAAUGCAGUCAUGCAAUUCAUGCAUGGAAUAGAUGUUUGUUCCUUCGUUUGUUUGUUUGUAUGCCUGUGAGCGAGUUAUGGAUGGGUGCUGAGAACAAAAUGGAUAUCGUAUUCCAUCUUCUCUUUACAAGAAAAAGUUUAGAUUAAAUGAUGUAGAAUAUUUUAGAACCGUUAAUAAAAUCUUGAGUAGAAUUCCGUAG